UCUUCCUCGUUUGACCCUCUCUCUCUCCCUUGAAAUCUGGAACAGAUCAUUCACACCUCUGUCCCUCUCUCUCUCUCUCUCUGUUAUAUUUACUUCCACGCUUAUUUCAUUCCUUCUCAUGAAUCUGUGAGUAUCCUCACCAAACUUCUUCCUCCCCUUCUCUGUGAAAGAAGAAAAAAUCAAAAUCGAAAGAAUGGAACCUAUGAAGAUUGUUCCAUCUCUUCUCCUUCUCCUCUUGAUUCUGUGUAAUAUUCUGUGUGGAGUAGAAGCAAGAAAAUCAGCAGGAUAUUGUGCGAUGUAUGAUAUCUGUGGAGCACGAACCGAUGGGAAAGUACUGAAUUGCCCUUUUAACAUUCCCGCAGUGAAGCCCGAUGAUUUGUUCUCUUCAAAGAUACAAAGCUUGUGCCCAACCAUCACAGGCAACGUUUGUUGCACUGAGACUCAGUUCGAUACGCUACGUUCACAAGUACAGCAGGCUAUUCCCUUUAUUGUAGGCUGUCCAGCAUGCCUGAGGAACUUUCUGAAUCUUUUUUGUGAACUUACUUGUUCUCCGGAUCAAAGUCUAUUCAUCAACGUUACUUCCACCGCAAGGGUCAAGAAAAACACGACAGUGGAUGGGAUUGAGUACUACAUAACCGAUGCUUUCGGAGAAGGGAUGUAUGAAUCUUGCAAGAAUGUGAAGUUCGGUAGCUCGAACAGCCUAGCUGUAGAUUUUCUCGGGGGUGGUGCAAAGAGCUUUAAGGAAUGGUUUGAAUUCAUCGGCCAGAAAGCUGGUGUUGAUAUGCCAGGCUCUCCAUAUGGGAUUAAGUUUUCGCCGUUACCACCAGCCUCAUCUGGAAUGAAGCCUAUGAAUGUGUCUUCUUAUAAAUGCAGUGAUGAUACUCUUGGAUGCUCUUGUGGUGAUUGUCCUUCUGCAGCUGCUUGUUCCAGUACAGCUGCACCUCCUACUCAGAUAAAACGAUCUUGCUCUAUCAAGAUGGGAUCCCUUGAGGUUAAAUGUGUUGACUUCGUUCUAGCCAUUUUGUAUAUUGUCUUGGUUUCAUUGUUUCUUGGAGGAGGCUUGCUUCACAGAAUAAAGGGUAAGAAGAAGAGCUCACCAUCUUCAGAACCCAUAGGAGAACAAAGUUCUGUUAAACCAGACACUAUUCAUGCGCAGAUGCUGCAAAACACUCCACAGCGAAACUGGGCUCAGCUUUCAACAGUACAAGGAUACUUGGCCAGAUUCUACAGGAACUAUGGGAUCUGGGUAGCAAGACACCCAGCUAUCGUUUUGAAUGUGUCAGUCUUUGCAGUUCUUCUACUUUGUGUGGGUCUGGUCCGAUUCAAAGUUGAGACACGGCCUGAUAAGCUAUGGGUAGGUGCAGGGAGCAGAACCGCUGAAGAGAAACGAUUCUUUGACACCCAUCUUGCUCCUUUCUACAGAAUUGAACAGCUAAUAAUAGCAACGGUUCCAAAAUCUUCUCACGAGAUGGCCCCGGAAAUUUUGACAGAUGACAAUAUGAAGUUACUUUUUGACAUACAAAAGAAGGUUGAUCGACUCCGGGCAAAUCACUCAGGUUCAAUGGUUUCUCUGACAGACAUUUGCAUGAAACCACUUGGAGAAGAUUGUGCCACACAAAGUCUUCUGCAGUAUUUCAAGAUGAAACCAAAGAAUUAUGAUGAAUUUGGAGGCGUUGAUCAUGUUAAAUAUUGCUUUGAGCAUUUCACCUCGUCAGAGUCAUGUUUGAGUGCAUUUAAGGGUCCCCUUGAUCCAACAACUGCACUAGGAGGUUUCUCAGGGAACAGUUACAGUGAGGCUUCAGCUUUUAUUGUGACUUAUCCUGUGGACAAUGCUGUUGACAACAAAGGUAACAAAACUGAGAGAGCAGUGGCAUGGGAGAAAGCCUUUAUCCAGCUCGCCAAGAAUGUGUUGUUGCCCAUGGUUGAAUCAAAAGGUCUAACUCUUUCUUUCUCUUCGGAAAGUUCUAUUGAAGAAGAACUGAAACGAGAAAGCACAGCAGAUGUCAUAACUAUAGCAAUAAGUUAUCUUGUCAUGUUUGCAUAUAUAUCACUGACACUUGGGGAUACACCUCGUUUGAAUACCUUUUACAUUACAUCCAAGGUUUUGCUUGGUCUAUCUGGUGUUCUUCUUGUCAUGCUGUCUGUCCUCGGCUCCGUAGGAUUUUUCAGUGCCAUUGGAAUGAAAUCAACUCUAAUCAUAAUGGAAGUUAUACCUUUUCUUGUCUUAGCUGUCGGUGUUGAUAAUAUGUGCAUACUGGUUCAUUCCGUCAAGAGGCAAGAGCAAGAGCUGGCCCUGGAAACACGAGUAAGCAAUGCCCUUAUGGAAGUUGGACCAUCGAUUACUCUUGCAAGUCUUGCCGAGAUUUUAGCUUUUGCGGUUGGUGCUUAUAUUAAAAUGCCAGCUGUUCGAGUGUUCUCCUUGUUUGCUGCAUUGGCCGUCUUUUUGGACUUCAUUCUCCAGGUUACAGCUUUUGUUGCCUUGAUAGUAUUUGACUUCCAACGGUGUGAGGAUAAGCGAGUUGAUUGCUUCCCAUGUAUUAAGAAAUCACAAUCAUCAGAUGGUGAUGACAAAGCCACUUCAGGGGUUGGACAGAAAAAACCUGGCCCUUUGACUAGAUAUAUGAAGGAAGUCCAUGCACCCAUUCUCAGCCAUUGGGUAGUCAAAAUAUUUGUUAUUGCCUUCUUCUUUGGCUUAGCAAUGGCUGGAAUUGCAUUGGCCACUCGGAUUGAGCCUGGUUUGGAGCAACAGAUUGUUCUUCCCCAGGACUCGUAUCUUCAGGAUUACUUCAACAAUAUUGCUACAUAUCUUAGAAUUGGUCCACCUCUUUACUUUGUUCUGAAAAAUUAUAACUACAGCUCGGAAUCAAGACAGACAAAUCAGCUUUGUUCCAUUAACAAGUGUGAUUCUAAUUCUCUUAUGAAUGAGAUUGCAAGGGCGUCUUUGACUCCAGAACUAAGCUACAUAGCUAAGCCAGCUGCUUCAUGGGUCGAUGACUUUCUUGUGUGGUUAUCUCCCGAGGCAUUUGGCUGUUGCAGAAAGUUCACGAAUGGCACCUUUUGUCCCCCUGAUGACCAGCCUCCUUGUUGCCCUGCUGAUCAAGGGACUUGUGGCCUAAGUGAAGUUUGUAAAGACUGCACUACGUGCUUUCGCCAUGCAGAUUUAACUAGUGACCGCCCAUCCACAAUCCAAUUCAAAGAGAAGCUUCCUUGGUUCCUCAGUGCACUUCCUUCUGCUGACUGUGCUAAAGGUGGCCAUGGUGCUUAUUCUACUAGUGUUGAUUUGCAAGGCUAUGAAAAUGGUAUCAUCCAAGCUUCAUCGUUCCGCACUUAUCACACACCUCUUAACAAGCAGUCUGACUUUGUUAAUUCAAUGAGAGCUGCUCAGGAGUUUAGUGCAAAAGUUUCCAGUUCCUUAAAGAUGGAGAUAUAUCCAUACUCAGUGUUUUAUAUGUUCUUUGAGCAAUAUCUUGACAUAUGGAAAACUGCAUUGAUCAACCUCUCCAUAGCCAUCGCUGCCGUCUUCGCCGUGUGUUUAAUCAUCACAUGCAGCUUUUGGAGCUCUGCAAUUAUAUUGCUGGUGAUUGCAAUGAUCAUCAUUGACCUCCUGGGGGUGAUGGCAGUCUUUCAUAUCCAGCUAAACGCACUAUCGGUUGUAAAUCUAAUCAUGUCAGUGGGCAUAGCGGUUGAAUUUUGUGUCCACAUAACACAUGCUUUCUCGAUAAGCUCUGGGAACAGAAACCAACGUAUGAAAGAGGCGCUUGGUGGGAUGGGAGCUUCAGUUUUCAGUGGAAUUACAUUGACAAAGCUAGUUGGAGUGAUUGUGCUUGGCUUCUCAAAAUCGGAAGUAUUUGUGGUCUACUACUUCAAGAUGUAUUUGGCACUAGUCCUCCUCGGUUUCAUGCACGGCCUUGUAUUCUUACCGGUGUUCUUGAGCAUGUUUGGUCCAGCUCCAAGAUAUGUUGAAGGGGAUAAGAAAGAUCAUCGACCUUCGGUUUCAUCGUUGCCCUAAUUUAACUAGCUUUUUAUUCUUUAUUUCUAAAGGUUUUGUUUCUAAAUACAACUUUUUGUAAAUCGUUAAGAAUCGUUUCACCCAUAGCCACAUAGAAAAGCUAAGUUCAGUGCAAAGCAGAAAGUUAAAAAGAGAGAAUCAUCACACCAAACGUGUGGAGAAUCUGCAGGAAGAUAACGUAUUAAAAGAAAUGAAAGGAAAAAAUGUAAGUUUAGCUACAAAUAAACUGAGAAAUACAAAACUCAGAGCCGAAACUGAAUUGGGGAUGAAGAAGAACAAACCUUAAGCUCAUCUUUGCGGAAGAGAAUAUACUCUAAAAGGAGUUUCAAAACGAAAUCUUUUUCUUUGGCCGUCUUUAUGAUGUAACAAUUCUGGUAACAGUGAGUCCGUACUUGUAUUAUCUAUCUCAACCGUUCAUCUUAUUC